AUGUUUGGAGUCAUCUUUGAUUCUUUCCUUUCUCUUGUAACACAUUCAGACGCCCUAGUUGAAUCUGAAAUACAUCCCGGAUAUCUACAGAAUCUCACCAAUGGUUGCAACAUCACCAUCGCCACCACCGCCACCACCAUCCUGUCAUUCCUCAGCUUAAAACUCUUCAGUGACCCUAACUCAAGUUUGCUCUUUCAGGUGACAUUUAGUGAUGUGGCCAUAGACUUCUCUCAUGAAGAGUGGGGAUGGCUAGAUUCUGCUCAGAGGGAUUUAUACAAGGAUGUGAUGGUCCAGAAUUAUGAGAACCUGGUUUCUCUAGGUCUUUCCAUACCUAAGCCGUAUGUGAUCAGUUUAUUGGAGGAUGGGAAAGAACCUUGGAUGGUGGAUAAGAAACUGUCAAAAGAUUGGGAAUCAAGAUGGGAAAACAAGGAAUUAUUAAUGAAGGAGGAUAUUUAUGAUGAAGAUUCACCCCAAAUGGUAAUAAUAGAAAAAAUUACAAAACAAAGUCAUGAAUUUUCAAAUUUUAACAAGGACUGGGAAUUGAUAGAGGCUCCCACUGGGGAAAGUAUUCACAAAUUCAGAAGCAUCCUCCAUUUAAAGUCUAUUCUUUCUGAACCACAAAGAAUUUCUGCUGAAGGGAAAUCACAUAAACAUGAUAUAUUUAAGAAGAGCUUACCAAAAAAACCUGUUAUAAAAAAUGACGAUAUCAAUGGUGGAAAGAAACUUUUGAAUCCUAAAGAAAGUGUGGCAGCCUUCAGCCAGAGCAAAUCUCUUACCCUUAACCAUUCUUAUAAUAGAGAGAAAGUCUAUACAUGCAAUGAAUGUGGGAAAGCCUUUGGCAAGCAAUCCAUCCUUAAUCGCCAUUGGAGAAUUCAUACCGGAGAGAAACCAUACGAAUGUCAUGAAUGUGGGAAGACAUUUAGCCAUGGCUCAUCCCUAACUCGGCAUCAGAUAAGUCACAGUGGAGAGAAACCUUACAAAUGUAUUGAAUGUGGGAAGGCCUUUAGCCACGUGUCAUCACUUACUAAUCAUCAGAGUACUCACACUGGAGAGAAACCGUAUGAAUGUAUGAACUGUGGAAAGUCGUUCAGUCGUGUUUCACAUCUCAUUGAACAUCUGAGAAUUCAUACUCAAGAAAAACUCUAUGAGUGUCGAAUAUGUGAGAAGGCCUUCAUUCAUAGGUCAUCUCUCAUCCACCAUCAGAAGAUUCACACUGGAGAGAAACCUUAUGAAUGUAGUGAAUGUGGAAAAGCCUUUUGCUGUAGCUCACACCUUACUCGACAUCAGAGAAUUCACACUGUAGAGAAGCAGUUCGAAUGCAACAAAUGUCUGAAAGUCUUUAGCAGCUUGUCAUUUCUUAUUCAGCAUCAGAGUAUUCAUAAUGAAGAAAAACCUUUUGAAUGUCAGAAAUGCAGGAAAUCCUUCAACCAGCCAGAAUCACUGAACAUGCAUUUAAGAAAUCACACUAGAUUGAAACCUUAUGAAUGCAGUAUAUGUGGGAAAGCGUUCAGUCAUAGGUCAUCCCUACUUCAACAUCACAGAAUUCACACUGGAGAGAAGCCCUAUGAAUGUAUUAAAUGUGGGAAGACCUUCAGCUGUAGUUCAAACCUUACUGUACAUCAGAGAAUUCAUACUGGAGAAAAGCCAUAUAAAUGUAAUGAGUGUGGGAAGGCUUUUAGCAAAGGUUCAAAUCUUACUGCCCAUCAGAAAAUCCAUAAUGGAGAGAAACCCAGUAGUGCAAUAAGUGUGGAAAAGCCUUUAGGCCAUAUGAAUCUUUCUACGUGUGAAAAAUCAUAUAAGUGA